AUGUGUUCCAGUCAAGGUAUGUGCGGCAGCAAUAGCCGCUCUCCCAACAGAUCCUCCAGAUCAGAGGGCAGCGGUUCAGGAGCCCACUAUGCCCUGUGUGCCCUGGGGGUUGGACUCAUUGCCUUGGGUAUUGUCAUGAUCGUGUGGACUGUGAUACCUGUGGAAGGAGAGGACUCAGGCAACCCACCUGCUCCAUCAGGCAACACUACCACAGACAGCAAUAAUGAAAGUAAUGAGAAUGCCGAGGACCAAAGCAAGUCCUCAUCAGUGGCUAUGGUGCUAGUUGGAGCUGGGGCAAUCAUGUUGCUUUUGUCUAUCUGCCUCGGGUUGAGAAGCAAGAAGAGAGCUCGUGAGAUGAGAAACCAGCCAGUACCAACAGGAGGCGCCCUCAUGGAUCAUGUGGCAGGAGAGCCGGCCGGGCAAGCUUCAAAUCCAUCUGCAUACAACGUGCCGAGCUACGAGGAGGUCGUUGGCAGUGGCGAAUACCCAGUCCGUCAGAGCAAUCUACGCCAAAGCACCUCCCAGCUGCCAUCUUACGAGGACAUCAUAGCUGCUGUGGAAAAUGAGGGAAACGAGCCCACUAACAACCCCACUGAGGACACCCCUCUUAAUGAUUCCACACCGGCUCCCACCUCGCCUGCCGCUACUGCUGCUGAGCCUCAAGCCGACCAUGCUGCCCUCGCAUCAAACCCCAGCCUGCCCACCCGUAGCAGCAGCCGGGCCAGCCGUUUACUGCGGCCCCUGCGGGUGAGAAGGAUCAAGUCAGACAAACUGCACCUAAAGGACUUCCGCCUCCAAAUCCGUAGCCCCACACAGAAUCCGGUGAACAUUGAGCCCAUCACUCCGCCACCGCAGUAUGACAAUAAGAUGCCUGAAUUAGGGUAG